UGGAAGCCGCAAUUAAGCAGCUCCGCUAGGAUAAAACACUCCGGCGGCCAGCGGGCUGGGGCAUUGCGUCGAGAGAGAUGGCCAGGCUACGGACUCCUUCCUUCCUUCCCGGGGCUGUCACUGUCCUCCUGCUCUCCAGUCUCCCGGCUUCGUGGCAAGGAGGGGUCCCAGGUGCUGGCGUUGGAGUUCCCGGGAGAGGCUAUUACCCAGGAGCUGCUGGUGUAGGAGGACUAGGAGGACUUGGUGGGGCAGGAGCUGGUGUCGGAGGUCUGGGAACAGGCGGCCUUGGAACUGGACUGGGAGGAGCAGGAUUUGGAGCAGGAGCAAAGCCUCCCAAACCAGGUGUCGGAGGGGUUGUCGGGGGCACUGGAGCACUAGGUGGUGGCGUCUAUCCAGGAGGUGCCUAUCCAGGAGGUGCCUAUCCAGGAGGUGCCUAUCCAGGAGGUGUCUACCCAGGUGCCGGAAGCCCUGCAGCAGCUGCUGCUGCUUAUAAGGCAGCUGCUAAGGCUGGCGCUGGGGCUGGUGCAGGUACUGGUGUGGGCGUACCUGGAGCCGGCGUGGGUGUACCUGGAGGCGGUGUAGGCGUACCUGGAGGCGGUGUGGGUGUACCUGGAGGUGGCGUCUUGCAACCAGGAGCUGGCGGGGCUGGUGUUGGGGCCAAGCCUGGCAAAAUCCCUGGUGUGGGGAUCCCUGGCGUCUUCCCUGGAGGUGUGCUCCCUGGCACAGGGAUCCGUUAUCCUGGUGUUGGAGUCUUACCUGGCGUUCCCACCGGAACUGGAGUGAAGCCAAAAGUUCCAGGGGCAGGAGGAGGAGUUGCCAAUGGGCUCUCUAGCUUCGGAGCCGGCUUCGGAGGGCAGCAGCCCGGGCUCCCACUGGGCUAUCCCAUCAAGGCACCCAAACUCCCUGGUAGCUAUUAUGGCCUCCCAUACGGCGCUGGGAAGGGACCUUAUGGCGGUGUUGGGCCAGGCGGAGUGUACGGUGGUGCCGGAGGGAAGGCCGGUUACCCAACAGGAACAGGCGUGGGAGCUCAGGUAGCCGCUGCAAAAGCUGCUGCAAAAUAUGGUGCUGGAGCUGUGCCCGGGGCAGUCGGAGUCCCUGGCGCUGGGACUCUUGGAGGAGGCUUGGUGCCCGGCGCUGGUGUCCCAGGAGCAAUAGGUGGAGGUGGACCGGCGGCAGCAGCAGCAGCAGCCAAAGCAGCGGCCAAAGCGGCAGCUUACGGUGGCCGAGUGCCAGGAACGGGCAUCGGUGGCGUUGGUGUCCCGGGGGUCGGGCCAGGUGGCGUAGUUCCUGGUGCCACACCUGGUGUGGUUGGAGUCGGCCCAGGAGGAACUGGGGUAGGAGGAGUGAGUCCCGCCGCAGCAGCAAAAGCAGCAAAAUAUGGUCUUAUUCCUGGCGCUGGCGUUGGUGGAGUUCCUGGCGCUGGUGUUGGUGGAAUUCCUGGCGCUGGCAUUGGUGGGGUUCCUGGGGCUGGUGUUGGAGGAGUUCCUGGUGCUGGAGUUGGUGUUCCAGGAGCUGGAGUGUCAGCAGCAGCGGCGGCAAAGGCAGCGGCAAAGGCAGCCGCCUACGGGGCUGGUGUGGUGCCUGGUUAUGGGGCCAUUGGUGGUGUGGCACCUGGUGGAGUCGCACCUGGUGGAGUCGGACCCGGUGGUGGGUUAGUGCCAGGAAGCCCCCUGGCCGCUCAAGCAGCAGCAAAAGCAGCCGCCAAGGCAGCCAAAUAUGGAGCAGGAAGAGGCAUCGGUGGCGUUGGUGGUGUUGGUGGCGUUGGUGGCGUCGGCGGCGUCGGCGGCGGUGUUGGCGGUGUUGGCAUUGGCGGUGUGCCUGGAGGAGCAGCGGCAGCUAAAGCAGCAGCAAAGGCAGCUAAAUACGGUCGUGGUGCAGGUGUCUUUCCUGGUGGUGGAACAGGCGUCUUGCCAGGGGGCGGAACAGGCGUCUUGCCAGGGGGUGGCGUUGUGCCAGGUGUUCCUGGAGGAGGAAUCCCCCAAACUGGAGUGCAACCAGGGGCCAAGCCACCUAAAUAUGGUGUGCCGGGAGCUGGGCUGGGUGGCGUUGGUGUACCAGGCUUUGGUGGACGAGGAGGAUAUGGGGUCCCCGGCGCAGGUGGCAUUGGAGCUGGAGGGCUGGCGUACCCAGGAGCCGGUGGCAAACCUCCCAAACCAGGUUAUGGUGCCGGCAUUCCACAAGUUGCGGGCGGAGCUGGAUAUGGUUAUGGUUUGUCUCCUAUUUACCCAGGUGGAGUCCCUGGCCAGCUGGGCUAUGGCGGCAAACCUCCCAAGCCGUACGGCUACAGAGGUGGCAUUGGCCGCAAGAGGAAGUAGCCCUGACAGACUGCCUACCAUUCACCUCAUGAACUUUGGUGCUACUGCCUGGUCUCGAAUGUACCCCUCACCCCGAGAAAAGCAGAUUCCA